AGUUGCGGCAUGACUCUUUGAUUCCCACUACUCGAUUCUUUCAUUCCAUCACUUAUUUCAUUAUCUGUUUUCCAAUUCCCUCUCCAUCACAACCAUAUUGAGCUUCAGCAAACAGAAGAUCCAACGCAGAAACUGGAAUGAAGUGUUGAUUGUUUUUUAUUUUAAGGACCGGGAAGUGGGUAUCCCUGGUCCAUAGGAUCUGAUUUGGUGCACACUACGUUGUACACGUUCGUUUCUUGAAAAGCUCAAGUUUCCAUGUCAAUUUCUGAGAAGCCAUCUUCAUCGUUGACGUCUAUAGCUGCUCGAGAAGUUGAUCCGUUGUUGCAGGAUUUGAAUGAAAAGAAGCAGAGCUUUAGGCGCAACGUGGUGUGGUUGGCGGCAGAGUUGAAGGAGCUUCGUAGUCGCUUAGCGUCGCAGGAACAAUCGUAUGCCAAAGAAUCUCUAACAAGACAGGAAGCAGAGACAAAUGCCAAGAACAUGGAAUUGGAAAUUGGCAGGUUGGAGAAGAAUUUGGAAGAAAAAAACGAGCAGCUUCAGGCUUCAGCCUCCUCUGCUGAGAAGUAUCUAAAGGAGUUGGAUGAUCUUAGAUCACAGCUUGUAGCAACGAGAGCAACUGCUGAUGCAAGUGCUGCCUCGGCUCAAUCAGCGCAGCUCCAAUGUUUAGAACUAAUAAAAGAAUUAGAUGAAAAAAAUGGUUCACUAAAAGAGCACGAAGAUCGUGUCCAAAGGCUAGGGGAACAACUAGACAAUUUACAGAAGGAUCUUCAGGCAAGGGAAUCUUCACAAAAGCAAUUGAAAGAUGAAGUUUUUAGAAUUGAGCACGAUAUUAUGGAGGCUCUUGCAAAAGCUGGAGAGAACAAGAAUUGUGAACUGCGGAAAAUAUUAGAUGAGGUUUCUCCUAAAAAUUUUGAGAAGAUGAAUAAGCUUCUAGGUGUUAAGGAUGAAGAAAUAGCAAAACUUAAGGAUGAAAUUAAGAUCAUGUCCGCUCACUGGAAGCACAAGACUAAGGAAUUAGAGUCACAGUUGGAGAAGCAGCGGCGUGUUGAUCAGGAGCUGAAGAAGAGGGUGCUGAAGUUAGAAUUCUGUUUGCAGGAAGCACGUUCCCAGACACGAAAACUCCAAAGGAUGGGUGAGCGACGGGACAAAGCUAUAAAAGAACUGAGAGAUCAAUUAGCGGCAAAGCAACAAAGAGAAGUUGUGGCUGCAGAUAAGCAAAAUCAUAAUUUCUGGGACACUUCUGGGUUCAAAAUCGUGGUCUCUAUGUCCAUGCUGGUCUUGGUCAUAUUUUCGAGGCGGUGAAACCAUUCCCGUAUUUAAAACAAUUCUUGUAUAUAGAGGUACCUAUAUACCUUAAAAUUCUAGAGUCGAGAGAAAUUGUAUAAACCAUUUUGCGCUGUAGAAACGCAGUUUUAUAGAUACUCUAGCUUUAGCUUGUACAAUAUGUAAGUGUAGCAUCAGGAUUCAAAGGCAUUUUUGCGGUGCUCUGCAAAACUACACUGCUGUGGUUGCAUUUAUUUAUUACUAUUUGUUGGCUAGUUGAGGCUAGUUCAUACAUUUAUCUGCAAAAAAGGUGAUAUGAUGGCUCUUUAGCGUGUCCAUAAAAUAUCAUGCUGAUGCUGGCUAGAAUUGUUGUGGGCCUCGUUCACAAUAAUUUUAUGUAUGAGCCACUUAAUAAUGUGAUUUAUAUU